UGAAGUAACCGUCGCAACCUGUUCGUUAUUUGCUUAAUGUAAUUCGUCUGUCGAUGUUAGUUUCCGUUUAAACAGUUUUUGCAGUGUUUUAACGCAAGUUUAUUUGAGGAAGUGGUCUUUUCUGACAUUUUUGAUAUUGGGCACGUUUCAACGAAGGCGCGUACUUAAUAUGUCACGAAUUCGGCGACUGCAUAUACGCGGAAUUCGGAAUUUUGGCGAUGAAAGUGAUAACACGCAAAUAAUACACUUUGCUCGUCCACUGACACUGAUUUCGGGUCCCAAUGGAACGGGUAAAACGACAAUAAUAGAAUCAUUAAAGUAUGCAACGACAGGAGACUUUCCACCUGGUUCUUCGGGUGGCAAGGCAUUCGUUCAUGACCCUACAAUCGCUAAAUCUUCUUCGGUGAAAGGAGUGGUUAAAGCCGAAAUAGUAGAUACCAGAGGAGACAAUCUAACGAUAAGCAGGACGAUCGUAGCAACAAAACAUGAAUCGUUGAUUAGAUUAAAGACCUUGGAUAAUACCAUUAGUAGGAGAGACAAAGUUACUAAUGAGCAUGUGAUGAUAAGUAAUCGCUGUGCCGAUAUAACGAUUGAAAUCGUGCGGGCAAUGGGCGUUUCAAAACCGAUUCUUAAUUACGUUAUAUUCUGUCAUCAAGAAGAUUUCAACUGGCCCCUGGAUGAAGCCAAAAAAUUGAAGGAGCGAUUCGAUGACAUAUUUGAUACCACUAAGUUUAAUAAAGCACUUGAGGGUAUAAGAAAAUAUUGCAAAGAUUCGCAAGGCGAAUUCCGUGUACUGAAGGCAGAACAAGAUGCUUUUAAAACAGUAUUGGCUGAAGCAAAAGCAAAAGAAAAGACAUUAGAUGACUUUAAAAAAAGAUAUGAAAGAUCUAAAGCAGAUGUAGAAGGCAUAGAAAAGGAUCUUGAACCCGUUGAAAAGAAAAUAAUCGAUAUACGAAACACACAAGUACAAUAUGAUAAAACAAAAUUGGAGGAAGAAAAGAAGAAAAUGGAAUUUGAUGUUAUUAAACAGCAAAUUCAAGAUUUGAAGGAAAAUAUAAAUAUAUUUGAAGGAACAACAGAGGAUAUAAACAAAGAAUUAGCAGCAUAUUAUGGUAUCCUCAGAAAAAAGGAUGAAGAAAUACAGGAGCUGGAAAAAAGUUUGGAACACGUUACUAAAGAGGAGACUGAUUUGGCUAAGGACCUUGUUAACGCUAGACUGCUGGUUGGAACGUUAAGACAACAAGUAAAAGAUCAUGAAAAAAGGAUCGUUAAUCGCAAUAAACUUCUUAACAAUGCAUUGAAAUCUUGGAACAUGAAUACUGUAGAGGCAGAUGUAUCAGAAAUAGAGGUCAUAGCUCUUGCCAAGAGAUUGAAGGAGCGCAUGUGUGAAAUGGAGCGUUCAGUAGAAGAAAAGAAGGCAGAGCAAGAUCAAGAGGAGAAACAGUUCCAAAGUAAAAUAGAUGAGCUGCGGUCUGCAAAAUCGAAAAUUGAAUCAGAAGUGGCAAUGAGAGAAGGUGAAAUAAGUAAUACCAGGCAGGAAAUCGAUAGAAUUCGCUCACAGAUUUCACAGACUGGUGCAGCAUCAAAGAAAUUAAAUGAUAUAGAGCAGAAAUUAAAAGUAGCCGAUACUAAUAUUGAUAUGUUGAAUAAAAGUUUGGACACGGAGGAAGUGAAAGAGAAGAUAAAAGAUAAAAGUAAGAAAAUAGAUAAUCUAACGGUCACUUUAAAGCGAGUGGAAAAAGAAGUGACAUCUUUGCAACAACAGACUUCACUUCAAACCGAAUUGGAAUUACAGAAGAGCACAUUGAAUUCAAAAGAAAAGGAAAUUGAUAAUUUGCGAAAAAAACAUGAGACUAACUUGAAAGUGGUAUUUGGGAAUAAGGAAUUUCCCCAACGGAAGAUAAAAGCAGCUGUUGAAGAGACCCAACGAAUACUGGCUGAUCAAAUACAAAACUUAAAUCAAGAGCUUCAAACAGAGCAGUGCUGUAUGACGACUCUACAAACAACGAUUAGCCAUACUGAAAAGGAACUCGAGAAAAAGCUUGCUGAUUUAGAAUCGGACAAAGGUAAAAUAUCUUUGGAAUGUUACUACAAAGACUUUGAUGAAACUUUAUUGUUGGUAUCCAAGAAAGUGAAAGAUUUGCAAGACAGAAGAGGACUGCAUGCUUACCAAGAACUUACGUAUAAGGAGUAUCUUCAACAACUAAAGGAAAGGGAUCCUUGUUGUCCUUUAUGUCAUCGUGAAUUUCAGGGGCAAUAUAAAGCACAGGAUUUAAUCAAAGAACUUGAGACUGAAAUUAAGAGACAUCCGGAUCGUUUGAAAACGUACGACACAGAAUUGAAGAAACAACAACAUCGAUAUGAUACUAUGCUGCAACUGAAGCCUGUCGUUGAAAAGGUGCUAUUCGUUGAAGGGGUUGAACUGAAGAAAUUCAGGCAAAGUCUUGAGGAUACCAAAAUAAGGUUUCAAAGAUCGAAAAAGAAGGUAGAGCAGUUACAAACAUCGAUGUCAGAACCUGAAAAAAAAAUAGCCUUGUGCAAAAACAUGAUUGGUGACAUGGCACUUUGGGAUCGAUACGUUGAUGAAAUAGUAGAGCUUGGAUGUACAAUUGCAACUCUAAAAAAGCGCAUGUCUGACGCAGGUGUAAAAAGUGAUAGAAGUAUUCAAGAGACACAGACGGAACAAGAAUUUCUUAAGGGAAAAUUGAGAGACUAUCAAGAGUCCUUAGAAACGUUGCGAAAUUCUCUGAAUAGUCAUAACGAAAAGUUACAUCGUGCUAGAGAAGCGAAGAACACUUUGAAGGAAGAACAGCUAAGAAUUCAGUCUGAUAUGCAAAAGCUGAAACAACUUCGAGAUAAGCAGGAAGAGUUGUAUACUCGUGAAAUUUCUCUUGGAGAAAUGAUUCAGGAAUUGAAACAAAAACUUGUAAUUGCCAAUGAAAAACUGGAGACAGCCGUUCGUCAUUUGGAGAAAUCAAAGAAGGAGCAUUGGGAUAAGCAAGAACAUAACCGAAAUUCAGUCACCGAAGCGAAGAGACAAUUGUACGAAUUGCAUGCAAUUCAAAAUGAGAUCAACAAUUUCAUACAACGCGAAAUUACUGAGAAAUUGGCAAAUACAGAAUGCCAAGUAGCGGAGAGCGAAGCUUUGAGUGAGAAGCUGAAAGUUGAGAAGGGUAGUUUUGAGAGGAAAAUCGCCUGCAUCAAGGACGAUGCUUCACGACAUGAAUUAAGAAAACGUGAACUAGUCGACAACCUUACGCUGCGUCAGAAACAAGAUCAAUCCAAUGUAAUUCGACAGCAAUAUCUCGAGUUGAAAGAAAAAUUGCGAUCUAUGAAUCCAGAGCAACUCAAAAGAGAAGUAAAGAAGCUCAUAGAUCUCCAGGAAGCUUUACAACGGGAGAAAAAUAUUGUGAUGGGAAAACAAGAAGAGCUGGAAAGAAAUAUUAAGCAGUUACAACUGGAAUUGAUGAAACAAUCGUACAGGCUCGCUCGAACAAAUUACAGGAACAAAUGCUACGAAUUAACGAUACAAGAGCAAAUUAUUCAAAAUCUAAACGAGUACACGCGUGUGCUUGACUCUGCCAUGAUUGAAUAUCACGAGGAACGGAUGCAGACGUUAAAUAGUAUUUUGAAACGGCUGUGGAACAUGGUGUAUCGGGGAACGGAUACUGCAAGUAUACAAAUUCGCACAGAAGCUACAGGUGGAAUGGGGGCAAAACGUCGAACUUACACGUAUAAACUUGUUCAAGAAAAACACGGCGUUGAAAUGGACAUGAGAGGUCGUUGUAGUGCUGGUCAAGGAGUUUUAGCUUCCAUAAUUCUCAGAAUAGCUCUGGCAGAAACAUUUUGUAAAGAUUGCGGUAUCCUUGCACUUGACGAACCUACCACGAAUUUAGAUGAAGAAAAUGCAAAUAGUUUGGCGGAUGCAUUAGCAGCGGUGGUUAAGAUACGAUCACAAUAUCAGAAGAACUUCCAACUUAUCGUGAUCAGUCACGAUGAAAAAUUUUUGUCCAAACUGGCCCAGUUAAACAGUAACAAGGAAUUUUAUCGCCUGUAUCGAUCCGCUGAUGGGUUGACAGGUAUAGAACACUGUACGAUUGAAGAGAGAUCAACGCAAUCGCAUAACCAGAUUGGAAAUGAUUCAUCAGACAACGAAAUUAAAGAUGAACCCAUCAGUAAGCAUGGAUUAAGUGCAUCCGAUGAACAACAACCGGGUCCUUCACGUAAAAAGAGGCAAAUAUGGGAUGAUGCGGAAUACAGUCAUCGAUCUACGAAAAAACGAAUUGUUUUAGACAUAUAGAUUGUCUUCGUCUGGAAAAAGAUGGCAGGAUCCAUUCACAAAUACUAUAUUUUCGUUUAGCACAUACGUACUAUAUCUAAGCUUUUUGCGUUGAGGCAUGUAUAAAUAUGUCUCAUUUUUGAUUAUUCAUUAGAAUAUCUUACGAACUAAGGGCCAAAUUGAAAAAAGUUUUCUUUAAAAGUUGCUUGGUUUUGAGGUGGGACAAAAUAUAAAUGAAAAUAUAGUUUUUAUAAUGAUGGUACAGCAAGUAACGCUUGUUUUUUUAUUUAAUGGAAUUGUUUUUCUUUUUUUUUUUUAAGGUUCUUGUUUGGAAACCAAGUACUUUCAAAGGAAUCAUUUCGCGAUUAACUCAAAGGUUAAUAAUUUACUGUACUAUUGGGUUGUCGGAUAAGUCCGUUCACUUCUUAUAAAUUGAAAAAAAAUUCACUUGAAAAAAUAAUAAAUAUCAGAUUAAUCAGUGAUGUAUUCUCCGUUAUUAUUUACUACUUCCUCCCAUCGUUCGAUAAGUUUUUCGGUGCCGAUGCGAUAGAAAUCCCGCGGCCUUGACUCGAAGAAUUACCGUUUCUGGAUCUUGCAAACUAUUUCCGAGCCAUACUUACAACUUUGGCAUCGGUUCCGUAAACAUCACAAAUCUCACGAGCAGCUUCAGCGGUUUUAGCACCACGAUUAAACGCAAAAAGCAAGUGGGAUAAAAAAUGCUGAGUUUUGACUACUUGACAUUCUAUUUUAACGAUGUAAAAAUCAACACUAAUUCAAAUUAUAAAACCAAUAACAUUAUCUUGUAGAGCAAAAAACAUUGUAUUAAACCAUUGUAUUUUUGCGCGAAUUUCCAAAUUACAAAAAAAGCGAACGGACUUAUUCGACAACCCAAUAUAUUGUACAACUGUGCGGUAUGAGAUGACGAUCUCAUUCAAACUCAUUGUUUUUUUUUUUCCAAAAACAAUCUGCCUUCUCUGCUGGAAAUGAAACAGCGACGACGUUAAACCACGUUAACUUUCUUUUAACGUUACCUAGGAUGCAACACGAGGAAGUAAAGUUUGUAGCAGGUUUGUAACAGGUGUCCCCUGGUCGAAAAUGGGACUGUGGGUUCCGUCCAUACAUUCUUAUGUUCAUGUUCUAAACCCGCGCAUGCAAAUUAAAAUUAGUAAUUCGUAGAAAUAGUGGAUUCAAUGUGGCUAACUCCUAUUCGAAAAACUGACGACUUAAGUAAACUGCCGCAUUUUUCAAAACAACAUAUCUUUUAAACUAUGGUAGCAAUAAACUGGGGAAAACAGUGUCAACUUUUAAGUUAAUUUAGAAAUGGUUCCUUUUAACGUUGUAGGUUUUCAAACAAAAACCUUGAAAUAAAGGGGAAAAACAUGAUUCCAUUAAAAAAACAAGCAUUGCUUGCUGUAAAGUCAUUAUAAAUACUACAUUUUUCUUCAUAUUUUUUACACUUUCCUCCCUCAAAACCAUGCAACUUUUAUAUUUAAUAUUUUUCAAUUAACCUGUUAAUUACGGACAGGGAUUACGGAGUUGGAUAUGAGGAUGUACACUGGGAGACAUCAAUGCCCUUCCAUCCUGCACAGGCGAUGCCAUAUCUGCAGGGGAGGCAUGUAUGUCCGCCACUGUACCACCUGUACGAAUAGCUCGACCGCAGAGUACUAAUAUUUUGUAUUGAUACGACAUUCAUUUAUUGCUUUGAAUACAUUGGAAUGAAGGGGGCCACUAUAGUCGCGCUUCAUAACUAAAAGGUUAAACCCUUGGUUCGUAAGAUAUUUUAAUGAAUUAUUUAAAAUAGGUCACCUUGUAUACCCAUGGUAUAAUGGCUUAGUUUACCCUGGCUUUCAUUCCCGUUUCAUUCCUCUUCACUUCAAAGCGAUAUGAAUUAUUGGCAAGUUUACACUAGAAAUAACGCAUUUCUGAAAUAGAAGCGAUAUGAUAAUGUACCUAAGAAACACAGUAUUACCAAUGUUUUAAUUGGAAAUAUGUAAUCUCAACUCUUAACGUAAUAUUCGUGGUUGAAUGUGAAGAAACCAAUAAUGGGUUUUAGUAAGAUAGUAAUCUACCAUACAUGCAAUAGUGUUAAUACACUACUAUUGUGUAUAGCAGGGUAUUAGCACUACUAUUGUACGCGGUGAUUUGUUCACGCUACUAAAGAUAUGGCAGAUUGCCUGAAUCAACACAAUAACUUAUGCCUUGUUUGCUGGUUGGCAGCACUAAUUUUUCAUUUCCAUUGCACUUACUCCGACGCAAUUCGCUUCUAUUUUGCUUUUACUUCGCGGCUACUCCACGUAGAUAGGUGGAGUAAAACGAAAUUGAAUAGACGGUGUUUACAUUACACAUUUUUUCGCUUCGAUCCUAUCUCACUUCGGAGUAAAACGAGAAUGAAAGGUUCGGUGUAAACUAAGCCAAUAAUUUAAUUUACCAUAAAAAGUAUUAAUCUUGUGAUAAUAUUUGUAAUAUUAGUGGAGCUCUUAACUCUGCUUAUAAUUACCAUUUCGAUACAUUAUAACGUUCAAAUUGUAUAUAAGUGCGAACAUGUUAUAUUUCCCGUUCUACCUAUGUAUUCCGUGUUUUCGUGUUUCGGAGAAGACGAAUAUAUAUUAUAUAAUAUUAUUAUCGUAUGUAAUUAAAUGUAUGUGUUUUGUACCUAUUUUUACUGAAAGCAGCGCUUAAGGGGCCUUGUU